AUUUUAUUAAUAGAUGCCUGUGGUCUUUCCGAUGUUACACAUAUUGAAUCCCUGCAAGAGAAAUCCCAAUGCGCUUUAGAGGAGUAUUGCCGUACGCAGUAUCCUAAUCAACCAACAAGAUUUGGAAAAUUGUUAUUAAGGCUGCCAUCUUUAAGAACAGUUUCCUCCCAAGUCAUUGAGCAAUUGUUUUUUGUGCGUCUAGUCGGUAAAACACCAAUUGAAACGUUAAUCCGCGAUAUGGUGCUUUCUGGUAAUAAUUUCUCUUGGCCAUAUUUGCCAUCGAUGUGACACACAAUGUGGCGACAAUUGACAACAACUUGAUCAUCCGCUGCCGCAGCGGCAGCAGCAGCAGCUGCAGUGGCCAAUAACAAUAACAACGUUGCAUUCAUAAAUCAUAACAAUAGCAAUGCCGGCAGCAACAAUAUAAACAGCAGCUUCAGUCACGGUAGCAAUUUAUUAAAUCACACCAGCAGCAGCAACAACAAUAGCAGUGAAAAUUAUGGCAAUGAAUUAUUGCAGAGUUAUAGUCAAAUCGGUGCUAAUGCCAUACCUGGCGGAGG